AUGUCUUUAAAGCAGGAGAUAGAAUCGUGGGUGUCGGCCUUGAGCCGAUACGACAACAAUGAAUUCGAAGAGGCGCUGAGGGAAUUCGACAACAUCGCGGAUACGUCUAAGAUUCUGUUUAACAUGGGUGUUAUACAUGCGACUCUAGGAGAGCACGAGAAAGCUGUCGAAUGCUACCAGAGGGCGAUCCGACUAGAUCAAUACCUUGCCGUGGCCUAUUUCCAACAGGGCGUAUCCAACUUCCUGCUCGGCGACUUCGAAGAGGCGUUAGCGAAUUUCAACGAUACCCUACUAUAUCUCCGAGGCAAUACGAUGAUCGACUACGCGCAACUAGGCCUGCUAUUCAAACUAUACUCUUGCGAGGUGCUGUUCAACCGAGGUCUCUGCUAUAUCUACUUGCAACAGAAGGACGCGGGUUUGCAGGAUCUGAAUUUCGCGGUAAAGGAAAAGGUUGUCGAGGAUCACAAUGUUAUCGACGAGGCUAUUAGGGAAGAGGCAGAGGGCUACACUGUAUUCUCCAUCCCCGUGGGAGUCGUAUACCGGCCCAACGAGGCCAAGGUACGGAACUUGAAGACGAAGGACUACCUAGGAAAAGCCCGCCUGGUGGCCGCCUCCGACAGGGCGAACGCGUUCACGGGAUUCGCCGGGUCGGAGAUCAAGAACGCCGGGAGGGCAGCGGAGAAGGACGACCGUCCGGCGGACAACAUCUCGUUCGCGGCGACGAACCUCGUCAAGCCGGGCCUGCAGAGCAGGAGACAGCAGUCAGAGCCGCCCGCCAGCCGCAACGCUUUCCCCCCCACGCCACCGCCCGAGAACGACAAGCCCGCGGCCAUGACCCGCGCCGCUUCCGUCCGCAACGGCCCCAAGCCCAUGCCCGCCCGCCUCAACAUCCCCGAGCCCUCCAAGAGCAACCGCUACGACAAGAUGAGCUCCCCGCGCAGCGAGCGCAAGGCGCCCUCGUCCAGGUCCGCGUCCGAGAUGCGCUCGCCGCCGCGCAGCUUCUCGCGCGCCGACCAGCCCCGGAUGCGGCGCUCUAGGAACGAGGACGACGGGUACCCGGAAGACGUGUACGACAUGUACGGGGGAGGAGGAGGCGGUGGUGGUAGUAAUAGUAGUGUGGGCCGGGGCCAGAGCCGGCGGAAUCCGCGGUACAUCGAGGAGGAGGACGAGGCGAGCGACUACGACUCGUUCGACGAGGGGGAAUUCGAGAUGGUGACGAACCGGCGGCCGGGGGGCACGUCGGUAGCGGGGGGUUCCUCGCGCGGGGGGUCUCGACGGCCGGAGAUCCGCAAGGUGCGGAUAAAGGUGCACGCGGAGGACGUGCGGUACGUGAUGGUCAGCACGACGAUCGAGUUCUCGGAGCUGGUGGACCGGAUCCGGGAUAAGUUUGGCCUGCGCCGGCGCUUCAAGCUCAAGGUGCGCGACGAGGACGUGCCGCAGUCGACGGAUAUGAUUACCAUGGGCGACCAGGACGACCUGGACGUCGCUAUGAUGAGUGUUAAGCAGAUGGCGCGGAAGCAGAGGCUAGAUAUUGGCAAGUUGGAGAUAUGGGUCCAAGAGAUCUAG